AUGAGCAGUAACGACGAAUAUCAAAAGCUGUUUAAGAAAUUAGAAGAUGCCGAUACAACAUACAAGAAUUUUGUUAAAAAAUUCGCGAAAUAUCAUUUUCAAGUCAAAGCAAUAAUACAGGAUAUUUUAGAAUGUAGAGAGUCUAUGGAAACUUUAAACAAGCUAAAUGAAAAGGGCAGAACUGCUAUAUCACAAUUGAGAGAUGAGUUGGAGAGCCUAGAACUAUACGGAAAGGAAAUGGGGGAUAUGAAGUACUCUUUAGAAUUGGAUUCGCAGCGGCAUCAGUUAGCUUGUCUUCUUAAAGAAUUUAAAGAAGCCAACCUGUGCAGUAUGUUUAAAAUAGAAAAAGCUCAAAGAGAAGAAUUGUUGAAGGCAGCUGAUGGAGAUAACACUAGUCUUAGAAAUAGGAAGAAUAAAGUUGACAGGGAUGGAUUGCUCAAAAUGUGUAACAGAACAGCUUUAUCCAUAAGCCGACAAUUAGCUGACACAGCGCAGAGGAGUCAAAAUACUCUUGACAACUUGGUUUCAUCAAGUACUACUGUCCAUGGCACGCAAUCAGAGCUACAAAACACAGCCAGCACGAUCUCACAAUCCGGAAAGCUUUUGAAGAAAUAUGGUCGAAGAGAGUUCACCGAUAAAGUGAUCAUGUUUUUUGCAUUUCUCUUCUUUUUAGCAGUUUGCCUGUACAUUGUACAGAAAAGGAUUUUCUAG